CUGGCUCUAAGAUGGCGUGCAGGAAUUCCUUCACCUUCACCUUCGUGGUUGUCGUGCUCAUCCUCGUUCCAUCGGUGCUGCUGAAUCCUGGGACGUUCAAGGACACGUUCGUGAAAAAGUGUUUGGCGUACAAAAAUGAACCAAAAACCUGUGAGAAAAUGUGGGUUACCUUCCAAAAAGCCUACGUGGGGAAGCAAAGCAAAGAAGUCCUUCCAGCAAACUAUGAGACACUCCUCAAAGACCACCCCUACACACAUCCAUGUGACAAGACCAUGCUGUGGAGUGGAGUAAGCAGGGAGGCAGGGCGGGAUUUGGUUCAUGAGUUCACUGCUACGAAAAAAAUCUAUUUGACCCUUGAGGACACUUGGUUGGGAAAGACUUUAGAUGGUCUGAGCUGGUGUGGGAAGAAGAACAGUAAAGAAACAUUCACUGCAUGUGAAAAGGAAAAGCCCAAUCCUGUUUUCUCAUUCUGGGUAAAGGCCUCAGAAAAGAUGGCACAGUAUGCCUGCGGUGAAGUCACAGUGAUGCUUGAUGGGAGUCGUCGUGAACAGCCGUUAUCUGAUAAAAGUAUCCUAGUAGCAACUGAGAUUCCAAAUCUGCAAACGCCCAAGGUGACGAAACUGAUGGUUGUGCUGCUUGUCAAGAAAAAUGAGAAUCAGUGCAACAAGCAAACACUGAAGGAUUUGAAGAAAAAAUUGGAUGAGAAAAAAAUUGCUUACAGUUGCAAGGAAGUGACCGAGACAGAGUUCAGGAACUGCAUCAAUACUAAGACCUUAGGGCCCUGCUGGUGAUGAAUAUGUACUCAGCGUCAAACUGAACUGUCCUACAAGAGAUAACGCAGCAGGAUAUUUGUUUUAAUUUGUUUUACUUUCUUUUCAAACGUGCUAAUUGAGCUAGAUUUAAAGAAGAUUUCUCUGAAAUGUCUGACAGUUUGAAAUUUUUGUGUCUGAUUAAAGUACACAAUAAAUAAUCUAAGCAAAAAAACAACAGCUGAGUUUUUUUUGUCUGGUUGGAUUUA